UGCAAUACUGGUAAGUGUUAUGAGGGUUCAGGUGUCUGGCUUUUGGUGAGGUAAUAAUUGAUGAAUGGUAACCAGAUACUUGGCACUUCGUAACAUUGUAUUAAUGGUGCCCAGAGACCCGGGAAAGCAGAUUUCAUUAUCACUCUAGAAUAUACUGGUGGUGUUAGGGAUAUAUUUUGUUAGGAGAGUGACCAUAUAGUUUUUGUUUUGCAUUUAUUGUAUUGAAUUGCAAGUUGAUAACUUAGAGGAAAAUGGCUCAGUUCAAGGCUCAGGAAUUUUUAGCAGCCCCUUCCAUCCAUGUUUAUCUGAAACCACUCUGACUAAGGCACAGUGGAGCGCUUUAGCAGUGGCAUGUGGUGGUUAUGUGUCUACUAGUAUGGUAAAGGCACAAAUAAGAUGUAUUGCAAUGGAAUCAUUGAGAAACUCUGGUAGAAUAACUGAUGAAGAUGAGUUAGAAUUGGCUCAAGAGUUGUUGAAUGUAGCACGUGCUGAUCUCAUGAAUAAGCAAGCAGAAAAGAAAGAGAAAAGUGAUGCAGAGUUAGAGCUUAGACGCAUUGAAGCAGAAGAGAAUUUGAUUAAGCUAAAAAUGCUUGCUGAAAGAGAGAGAAUGCAAGCUGAAAGAGAAAGAAUAGACAGGGGAAAACAAGAAAGAAGAGAAAGAGAAGAAGAAAAAGCAGCAGAAGAGGAAAGAGAAAGGAUAAAAGAGGAAAGAGAAAUUGCAAGACAUGAAAGGGAAAUGGAAUUAAUAAAAGCUAGAUCCACAUUACCUGUAACUCUGUCUAACCCUAACCAAGGUAAUCAAGACCCUGUAUUUGAUGUAGUGAGAGUACAGAAGUUAAUCCCUAAGUUUACUGAAGAAGCUCCAGAUGAGUUUUUUGAUCACUUUGAGAAAGUGGCUUCAGGUAUGGGAUGGCCAGAGGAUAAAUGGUCAGUUUUGCUACAAAGUGACUUAAUUGGUAAAGGGAGAAGUGCUUAUCUAGCCUUAACAAUUGAUCAGUGUAAAGACUACAAGGUACUUAACACAGUGUGCUACAAGUUUACCAGACGACCCCAGAGUACUACAAUGAAAGAUUCAGAAAUUUAAGAAAAGAUGAGAAGGGAACAUUCUUAGAUUAUGCUUACAAAGUGAGAAGGUGUUUCAAAUGUUGGGUAGAAGCUGCUAAACUAAAAACUUUUGGUGAGUUAGAAGAGUUACUUGUUCUUGAACAGUAUCUUAAUCGAAUUCCUGAACAUAUAAGAGCCUAUUUAAGAGAGAGAGAGGUGAAGAAACUUGACAAAGCUGCUACACUGAGUGAAGAUUACAAUAUAAUCAGUAGUAAACGUAAUUACAAUGUCAAGUACCAGAGUCAACAACGCCCAGGUUUUAAGUCUUAUCCAAAUAACAGGAACAAUUUUAAUGGGAAACCUACAAGUGAUACUACCAAGAGUACACAAGGUAAUACAACUCAGCAAGCUAAUGUGAAAUCCUCAUCCAGUUUUUCAAGACAAUUACAGAAACCUAAUGUUGUCUGUUUCAAGUGUGGAAGAGUAGGACACUACAGUCAAGAGUGUUACCGGAACAGCAGUCAAAGCCAGUUGGUCAAGUUGUAAAAGCUGACCAGGUGAAACAAACUACGAAGAGCAGUGUCGGAAAGAAUCAGACUCCAGAGAAGCAUGAAACUAAACAAGCUGAAUGUUUAGCAACCAGUGGAAAUGUUACCUCAAGCAGUGAGUGGCUUAGCAGUGUGGAGGCUUUUAAGCCAUAUAUCUAUGAGGGUAUGCUGUCAACUCAAGAAGGAAGUAUGCAGGUACCAGUCAAGAUAUUACGUGAUACAGGGAGUAACCAUAGUGUGGUAGUACGUGGUUCUCACCCUCAGUUGGAGAAGAGUCUCAGAGGAGAUUCUGUUAUUUUGAAGGGUAUAGGAGGAGAGGAAGUAACUCCUAUAUGCCGCUUACACCUGUCAUGUGAAUUGGUGACAGGGAGUGUUGGUUUUGCUGUAAAGGACUCACUGGCUGUGGAAGGUGUACAUGUUCUGUUGGGGAAUGAAGUUGGUGGUGUGCCAUUUAUUCCUUGUCCAUUGAGGAUUAGUCCUACAGUAGAGUUGGAGAAGAGUAACCCCCACCUGUUUCCUAGUUGUGUAACUACCAGAUGUAUGAAGAGAACUACGGCUGCAAGUGAAGAAACUGAGGAUUUACACACCCAAGAGGGAUCAAGUGAAGGAUCUUUGUGCUUAGAAGAAUUAUUCCAGGUAAGUGAAGUUUCCCAUAGUGCUGACCAAGAAGAGAUUUCCCAAGAAGAUGAAGAAGACGACGACGAGGAAGAAGAACCUGAUGUUCCUGAAGAGACACCGAGUAGUCAAAGUGUUACUGAAGACAGUAGUGAAACUACAGCAGCUGAGUUAGCAGAUAUUGAGAAUUCAACCCUUGAAGUUGGUCAAGUGACAAGAGAGAAGCUGAUGGACUUGCAGAAGAAGGAUGCAUCGUUAACUGAUUUGUUCUUCAGAGUUGUUGAUCGAGAAGAGAUGCAACAAACUCCUACCUGUUAUUAUCUGAAGGAAGGUUUGCUGGAUAGGAAGUAUAGACCUACAGAUAUACCAGGAGAUGCUGUAUGGGGCGAAUAUCAUCAAAUUUUGAUUCCAUAUCCAUUUAGAAAGCAAGUGGUUGCAGUAGCUCAUGAGUCUGGACAUAUGGGAAUCAGGAAGACUGUGGAGAAGAUCAUGAAAUAUUUUUUGGCUGGCCUGGACUUCACAAACAUGUAG